GCGGGAGGAGCGGCAAGGCGGGGACAGGUGGCAAGGCUGGAGGGGUACAGUGCUUUUGAUCGCAGCUGUCGCAAAGCGAAUGAGCGGGAAAAGCUGCGCGGCAUUAGCGCCAAUUCGUUACUGCGGCAGGUUGGGGAGAUCCGCCGCACGUGCUGCGUGUGAGCUGGGCGCGACUCGCGCUAGCCCCCGCUGCAAAAUGCCGCUGUAGAUCAAAGAUCAGCGGACUCGGCAGCAAGAGGGGAGUUGAAGAAGGGUAGAGGUGGGAAGGGCAGGGAGGAAGAAUGGGAUGAGAUAGAACAACUACGGUAGUUGAGCCCCACGACGGCAAAGUCGGCCCGUCGGGACAGGCGAGGAGCAAGUACACGGAGCGGUGAAGUAGGCAGGGCUGCGUCGGGACCGAGGGAGGGGCGAGGCCGGCGAGACCGAGCCAGUGGGCAGGGGAAGUGCCGACAGCGGCGGGGUAACUUGAAGCUCCUCGUAGAGGGGGGCGAUUCAGUCGGCGCUGGCGCUAGAAGCUGCGCGCCGAGUCGUCGGUCGGUCGCUGCGCGCGAUCCCAGGUGUCGAAGACACGGAGAGACAAACUCGUCUCGCGGUGUAUCCCGGAAGAAUCAUGACGAAAAAAAACCAAUGAUGGUAUGAUUGCGCUUGGCGCGCAGCGAAGCCGUCUCAGCUCGGUAUGCUGGGCAUCCAUCUUAAGCCGGCUCGCGGAGCAUGCGGGUAAUGUGAGGGGGUAGAGAGGACUGGAGAGGAGAAGACAGGAGACGAGAGAAAGUGAGGAAAAGGAGAGAUCGUAGCUGAGGAACGAGGAGGGGACAGAGUGGAGAAGAGAGAGAGAGAAAAGAUAGAUGAGGAAGAGGCAAGAAUGACGUGUGCAAAUGAAUAGUGAGCAAAACUUCUUCUUUGUUAAUUGCGAAGCAAAAGAAGGGGUCGAUAGGACACACAGGGAGAAGCGAAAAAAAGACACGUAGCGUAGUACUUCUCGAAGCAAGUAGUAGAACAAGGAACGGGAGGGAGACUCUGAGGACAGAGGAGAGAGCAGGGAGGGGAGGUGUACAGUUUGUUUUUUUCGUCCGUCCGAUCCAUCGUUCUCUGGUGGCUCGCCACACGACCAAGUUAAGCAAGCGAUCGGCCGUGCCGCCGUCGGACCUCGCAAUCAGUUUGUCUAGGGAUCGGUCGAUUAAUCGAUUAAUCGAUUAAUCGAAUAAUUGAUUAAUUCAAUCAAUCCCGUUGGUGGAGGGCUCGGGCCCUCCGGACCUUCUGCAUGGUGGUGGCUUGUUUCUCCGACGUGUUACGUGACAAGAUGGGCGAUGCAAAGUGGAGGACUGGAUUGGAAGUGUUCGUGAAUGGACACAAGUAUUUGACAACGACACGCCCGCUGGACACCAUCGAAUGUUUCAUGGAUGUGAUCGAGAAAAAGGCGAAGCGCAAUGGACACAUUGGAGAAGACGACAAACUGGAGAGGCUGCAGUUGAUGUCUGAGGAUGGCUCUGAUGUCGUGGAGAUUGGUGAUGAUUUAACGCUGGGGGAUAUCCUACUAUUAGCACCUGACAGAAGAAUCAAUGCAGUUGUGUGGUCCCCACCACCUCCCUAUGUUCCUCCUCCUGUGGAUUUUCCUUGUCAACCACCUCCUAUGCAGUCUCCACUGCCCCCUCCACCACCGCCAUCCUCAGAAGGAAAGAAACGCUGGAUACUCGACUGGAGCUGGUGCUGGAAGUAAGUUUUCUCGGCCACCACUUGACCUAAGCUUAACACAGAUUUUGACGAGCAUGCAGAGGCUUCUCAGGCUAGUCUGAGGCGCUCUCCUCUUUUGGAUUUUUUGGCAUCAUGCAAUACCUGACAUCUCUUCGACAGGUAGGAGGACCUUUAAAGGUCGAACAAACAGCAGGCUGGCAGGACCCCGUCUCCAAAUGGUCACAUCAGCCAGGGCGGGCGAAGGGUAUGACCUGGUCCAGCUGACACUCCUUGCUCACGGCGUCUUCCCUCGUACAGCGACGAUUCCCCCAUUUUCACCCUUCCCCUUACCUCUGUGCUGCCAAGCAUUUUUAUCACAAGAGGUACACUCAGGCUCUGAAAUGCUGUGGAUUGCAUUAGAUAGCAAAUUCAUUCUACCGGUGAGGAAAUCCACCACGGACACAUGCAGUGAAUUGAAUGGGCUUGGGAAAGAAUGCAACCAGGGCCGCCCCCUGGCCGGCCUAUCGAUAAGCACUAAGCUAGUUCCUCGCAUCGUCUUCCCUCGUGCACCGGCUCCUCCCCGCAUUUUCACCCUUCCCCCCUAACCUCUUUGCUGCCAAUCAUUUUAUUAAGGGAGGCACAUUCAGGCUCUGAAAUGCUGCGAUGGCAUCAGAUAGGGAGGCACUUGCAGGGUCUGAAAUGCUGUGAUGGCAUCAGAUAGCAAAUUCAUUCUACCGGUGAGGAAAUCCAUCACGGGCGCAUGCAGCGUAUUGAACUGGCCCGGAAAAGUAUGCAACCAGGGCCACCCCCUGGCUGGCCUGUUGGUAAGCUCUGAGUGCGUGCGAGCCCGCGACUUUUAUGUGCUUUAGAAGUUAUAGAUCGACUGGAUAAGCUUAAGCAAGCUUAAGCAUGACCCUUCAAAUUUUGAAGGAGGGUGACUGACCUGUUAAACAGCAGAAUACAACUGAGAGUGCUAGGAACGAGUGAGCGAUAAGAGAGAGAGAGAGGGAUACUGCAAGAGGGGUCCUGGAGAACCAUCAUCUGAAUGUGGUGCAUUCAGUUGAGUUGGAGAGGAUAGGAGAAAAGGACCCCUGCAAGGGCUUCAAGAGGGCUUUUCUGCAAUGGCCUCAGAAAGGCCCUGGCAAGGGCUUUAAAAUGCUCCCAUGUAACGCCUUUUUCAGAGGGUCCCCGAGCAUUCGCACAUUGUCCAGGCCCUAUUUUCUGCUCGCUCAUAGAAACCCUUGAAGGGCUUCCUGAACACCUUGAAGGUGUCGGUCAGAGGCAUGCGUGAUGUCUGUCCUGUGCCCAUUUUUACAGCCCUUGCUUGCCAUGUGCGAUGAUUUUCUGCAGGACGGGACGAGACGAGCAAGAGUUCGAAUUUAUCUUACGACAUCCGGCUCGCCCAUGCGUCCCAGUUUGGAGGGAAGGGUGGAAGGAGGGUGAGAAGGCGAAGACUCCUGUCCGGUAUGUUUACGAUGGGGAUGUCACGAUCUGUGAAAAGUUUUCUGUAAAAUCAUAUCCGGCUCGCCAAGAUUUUGAUAUCCUAUCAUCUUUUGUGAAUUGAUCCUUCUAGGGCAAUUGUUGGGUGGUGUAGAGCAUUGAUGACACUGUGAAGCUCAUAUCCAUUUAUUUUUCUUAUCUUAAGAGCAACAGGCAGACAAAUGAGUGCGUUUCGAAAACAUGCAUAGAUCCUGUGUCCUCACAAGUUUUGCCAGGGCCCAAGAAGGGUAAUUGCUGCUGCCCUGAAUCUGAUUGUGCAUCAUUUAUGUGCACCAGGCCCCAUUUGCACAGCAUUCGCUAAGCCGAUAGCGUUUCAAGUUUCACCAGGUCCCUUUCCCACUGAACAUAAUUUUUGAAGUUUGAACACAUACGCUUGUAAUCCUCUGUGACUGAAGCUUGUUGUUGCUGGUAGUGUUGCCUGUGUUGCUUAUUUGUCGCCCGCCCGCUCAAGAUUUUUGGUGUCAAUGCUGCUCGUAUGCUUGUUCCUUGGUAAAUAAAAGCAUGCCAUAGUU